ACUCACAACCAAAACCCAACCUCCCAUCCCAUUCCCACCAUCCUCUCUCCCUCUGAAGCUUCUCAUGGCCAAACUCUUCUCCAUCUCCAUUCUUCUCCUCUUAUUCACCACCAUCAUUCCCUCCUUAGCCAAGGAUGGAGAACACUACAGUUUCCUCCAGAGCCAAAAGCCGGUGACGCCGCGGGUGCCCCAGAAGCUGAGCCACCUGCGGCUCUUCUGGCACGACAUCGUAAGCGGGCCGGAUCCGACCGCCGUCCGGGUGGCCCAGGCGGCUUCGGCCAAUAAGUCGGCGACGGGGUUCGGCACGUUGGUCAUCAUCGACGACCCGCUGACCGUGGGCCCUGAGCUCACUUCGAAGCUAGUAGGCCGGGCCCAGGGGAUCUACGCGCUGGCAUCCAAGGAGGAGGCGGGCCUGCUGGUGUCCAUGAACUUCGCCUUCAUCGAAGGCAAGUACAACGGCAGCACGGUGACCAUAUUGGGCCGGAACGCGGUGUUCUCGGAGGUGAGGGAGAUCCCGGUGGUAGGGGGAAGUGGGCUAUUCCGGAUGGCCCAAGGUUAUGCCCUGGCCCGGACGUAUAGCUUCAAUCGUAAGACUGGAGAUACUGUGGUGGAGUACAAUGUUUUUGUGAUGCAUUACUGAUGAAGGGUAUUGUUUUCUGAUUUAGUCUUGUGUUUUCUUGAUGUUGGUUGCAAGGUGGCCAUCAUGGUGUCAAGGUGUUUUUGGUUCUUUCAGUCAAUAAUGGAUGCCACUGUUAGCGUCUCCCUCGCCCUA